GAAAGAUUUGAAAUACUUUCAAACACUCAAAGAUAAAUUUCAGAAGAGACCUACACUGGACAGAAUGUUCGCUUCGACGUCACAAAGAAAUGAUGAUGGCGUCUUACAAUAUCUCGUUACUUAUAGCAAAAUCCGGAAAACCGCAUACUAUCGGAGAGAAGCUAAUCUUGCCAGCCGUAUAAGAGGUUUUAAAAACUGUUUUACACAAACCUGCAUCUGAUAUCAUUAAAAGAAUUCCCUUAAGCAACAAUACUGUUGAAAGACGUAUUGAUGAAAUGAGUUCUGAUAUUGAAAGCUUCUUAUGUAAUUAUUUGCAAACGACCAAUUUCUCUAUACAACUGGACGAGCCAACUUUAC